CGUCGAGGCCGAGCACCAGAAGCGCGCCAAGGACGCGUUCAGGAAGUACGGCGACGCGCUGCAGCGCAACGGCCACCUCGCUCCGCAGAGGAUACAACCCAUCCUGGACGCCGAGAUGAAGGAGGUGAGCGAGCUGCACCUGAGACACGUCAUCAGCUUCGGAGACCUCCGCCUGUGCCUCAACAUGCACGCCGAGAGGGACUGCCGCAAGUUCGGGGAGGCGCUGGACAGGAGUCGGCGUGCGCACAGGGAGCGGUGCCAGCGCGUCGCCGUCAGCGGCCUGCAGAAAGCGGUCAACAAAUCCAACGACGAGCAUAUAAGCUCAACACUGAUGGGCAGAGAGUCUUUGCUGGACUUUUGUGCAAGGAUGGAACAGGUCAAGACUAGCCUCGUACUCACAGACACUUAUCCAUUCUCAUCCGAUAUGAGCAGAUGGGAAGUUGGUGUGAAGAAUAGCCUACAGAAUCUUGAUGUUUGUGCAGAGAAAAUAUGCAGCGCUCUUAAAGUGGCUCUUACACAGACGCAGCAGAACAGUGUGGAUGAAAUAGAAAGACUAAAGGAGUUUCUCAUUGCCAGUGAUCUUUGCUCGAAAGAGAAUUUUGAAACUCUGUAUAACAAUGUCUGCUUGCCUUUGCUCAAAAGUACACAAAAAAAAUAUAAUGAUCCUGCUGUUUUUUGGAAAGAAUGGAAGCAGAUAUUUGCAAGGGUUGUCUCUCAAAUUGAUUUGCUGACCUGCUUCCUGAAAGACGCAAGAGAUCUUUGGGAAAACUAUUGCCAGCAUCAGGAGAGUGGAAGGGAGCAAAUACGUUUAAGUCUUCAAAAGAAAAUACAAGACAGAGGAAAACACGUUGAAGCAAAAGAACGCAGAAUCACCACUAUCAUGGAGUCAUCCUGCCAGGAAACGAAAAAGAGAGUGGUAGAAGAUAAUGUAACCAGAAUAUUUCGCAUUUUAGAUGAGGUGAAAGUGAGCUAUGAAACUAUGCACAAGCAAGAAAGAGAGAUUAUAGAGGGAUAUGCUUCAUCCAUUCCACAUGAAGUAGAGUCUUUGAACUCAUUAACACGACUCUUCUCAGAAAAACAUAAUAGGUGUAUCAAGCAUUAUAAGAAUUCUAAUAAUAACCACACAGUAGAAGUUUUACACAAAAGUCAGGAACUAUUAGUCCAUAUUGACCAGGAAGAGACCAGAUGGCAUGAUAUUAUAGAGUCAUUCUUAGCAAAGCAGUGUGAAAAUGGAGUUCAAGAGUCAGGGCAAAACUGGAUAAAACAGCAGGUGGAAAAAUUACAGGAGGAGCACGAUUGCAUUGCUGAGUCCCAUAAGCUUAGGUACAAUCAAAUUCAAUCCCAAGUUCAGUUUGCUAGACUAGCUGAAAUCAGUGAACAUGACAAAAUAUUUAACAGUCACAAAGAGGUGAUUAUGAGUGUUUCAAUAAAUGUUCAAAAGGAGCUGGAGAGCGCAUUUGCCAAGAUGUUUCAGAUCUUCCAAGGCCUCAGUUCCCAAAUGAAGUCCCUCAAAGAAAAUGGUUUGAAUGAUUCAUCUAUACAAUCAGUUAAAACCACCGUUUACCAGGUACAAAAGUGCUAUGAAGAAUGUAAGGAGUCAGUGCAAUGCCUAAAUGAUGAGUUUCACACAUCUGUGAUGCAGCAAAUGCAGAAAAUGAAGAACAACAACCAAAUCUUUGCUGAAUCUUUGAAGCAAUUUUCAGAUGGGGGCAACUAUGCAGAAUCAGAAGUUAAAACCAUAAAAUCUGAAAUCAAAACCCUAGAAUUAGAUGUUGAAGCAAAUGUAAUAAAGAUGGGCUUGUCACUCAAACAAAAGGGCAAAGAAUGCUGCACAGAAGCCUUGAAACACUUAAAAAUCUGCUUAAGGGAUUUGCAGGUUUAUUUAGAUAAUCUUACUUUUACUGAGUGUAUCAGUUCUAUUAUUGAAAAAACACAAGCACAGUUAAAUAAACAUGUGCUAGCACUAAAAUUUGGAGGAAAACUCCUAUUUGAACAAACAAACAAAUUGGUAGAAAGUUGUGUUCAAAGAGACAUAGCUGAUGUCAAGAACGAAUGGAGGUGUGUUACAGAGACAAUUUCAAAAAGACAGAAAUGGCUUCUGGACAAUCAAGUGAGUGAUAAGGGACAUAAAAUACAGUUCCAUUAAGAUCUACAGCCUUAGUAGACUACGGAGAAAGCAAUGCUUUUUUACCAAUUAUAUACAACCUUCUUAUGGAGUCACAACGCCAAAUUAAAGUAGCAGUUGAGGAUUUUCACCAUAGAAAGGAUUGUCAAAAGUUCUUGAAUUCAAAUGUCUUGCAAGACGAAGUUGCUGUGUACAUGUCCGAGAUUGGCUCCAAAUAUAAGGCAUAUCAGGAGCAAUGCAUAGAG